AUGGAAGAUUCAUCUAAUCAAACAAAACCAUUCAAUAACGUACCAAAUGAAGCAUUUGUUACAUUUGCUAAUAAUGAAUCUAAUUAUAAUACUUUAUUAAUAAACUUAGUCGAUUCUGUUCAUCGAUUUUCCAAACGACAUAUUAUAGCGUAUGGGGUUGAUAUUGAUCUUGAUCUAGAUAUAAAGAAAUAUCCACGUUUAAUUAUACGACGUUUAAAUAGAACAGGUUGUAGUCAUUCGAUAUAUUUUUGUAAAAUUUAUGCCAUAAUUGAAAGUAAACUGGAUUAUGGUAUACAUCUUGAUGCUGAUAGUUUGGUUAAUUGGAAUAUUGAUAUUCUGUUUGACGUUGUUCAUCGAUGGCCAUACGAUUAUCCACUUGCACCUCGACAUCCUACACCUCAAGUAAAUUACAUGACAUUUUUGAAAAAUUUUGAACUCGAAUUAAAAGAUCGCACUAUACCUUACGUUCAUGCACAAUUCUCAUGGAACUAUCGAGUAUAUCCAUUUUUUGAAAAAGCACUUGACCGAAUGCAAGGACAGCAAUUUCAAGGAGCUAACUUUGAUGAAUCAGGUAUUAAUGUACUCUUAUGGAAAGCGAAGGCUAGACAUACACUAUGCAAAAUUGAUCCAUAUUAUUCUUAUGUAUCAGAUUAUGUAUCGCAAAAUAAAAUAUGCAGACAAUAUUGUCCGACAGCAUACUUUAUUUUCCAUGGCGGCAAAACUGAAAAGCAGAUGCGUGAUACACUUGAUCAGUUAAAAAACCAUACUGGAUUACCAUAUAUUGAAACAAACACCGAAGGAUUUCAUUAUCUGAAUGAGACAAAGUAUACAUGUUGUCAUCCAGAUAGUAAACCAUCAUCAAUUCAUCCACUUAUUUGUGAAUAUCCACCACGGAAUACUUCAUAUUAA